UCUUUGGGGCAUUUCUAGUAACAUAAAAUCAAUUAUAAAUAAGAAUUUAAAAUUAAAAAAUCCUACCACAAUAUUUACAAAUGUUCAAAUGUACAAAUCAUUAAUAACAAAAUCUGCAAAUUAUGCACAAAAACAAUUAAAUUCAACUAUUGAUCUUGGUUGUCACAUUCCACGAAUACGCCAUGUACUAUUUUUGGAAAAUUCUACAAAUUCCGUACUAAUAGCAGGGACAUAUGUUCCUUCAUUAACCACAAUUACAUAUGCUUGCCCCAAGGGUCUGUUUUUUGAUGGAGAUCAUUCAACGAAUACCUGUUAUGGAGACUGGAUAAACUCACAUCCUGAAUGCACAGAAAUAUGCCCACCAGUUGCACAUGAUCAUACUGUUAAAUUAAAUUGUAAUUAUAAACGGAAAAAAAUUUCUUGUGACAAACCAUUUAGGCCUGGAACAAUAAUUAAAAUCAGUUGUGCUUUUAUGUAUCAAAAACCUUUAAAUGUACAUGUUCAUGAUAAAAUACAAUGCCAAAGUGAUGGUGAUUGGGACCAUUCUGUAUUUAAAUGUAAACAAAUUUGUGGAAUAUUUGAUAAAGAACUUUCAAAUGAAAAAAACCAACUUGCAAAUAUUUAUAGAGCACCAUGGCAUAUUGCCAUGUACCAUACUACAUAUGACAAAACAAUGUAUAAAUUUAUAUGUGCCGGUACCUUGGUUAAGUCUCGGGUUGUAAUGAGUGUUGCUCAUUGCUUUUGGCCAGAUAUUAGAUUAGAAGUAUUUGACAAAGGAAUAUAUUCAGAAUAUAAGAUAGUAGCCGGAAAACUUUUUCAAGAUUAUUAUUCGAAUAAAGACAAAGGAUUAAUUCAAGAAACUGAAAUUAUGGAUGUAACAAUCCCGGUCCAGUACGAGGGUCAGACAUAUGAUUACGUAAGUGAUAUAGCUAUAAUUUUACUUAAAGAUCAUAUAAUAUUUACAAAUCACAUCAGACCUGCAUGCCUUUUAUGGCAGCCAUAUGAAAAAAAAAAUUUACCUGAGAAUAAAGAAGGUAGAAUUGCUGGUUGGGCACUAUUAAAUUUUGAUGAAAUGGAUAAAGGUAUACGUUCAAUACAAUAUAUAUCAGUAAACGAAUGUAAAAAUUAUACAACAGUUUAUAAGGUUUCAAGUGAUAAAUUUUGUACCAAAUUAGGUAAAGAAAAUAACAUUUGUUCAUCUGGUACAGGAUUAUUAAUUCCUGAAGAUAUUAAUGGCACAACAUUAUAUAAUUUAUGGGGUAUUCUUAGUUUAGAUGUAACAGGUUCGCCUAGAGACAAAUGUUCAAAUUCUGUCGUAGCAUUUUCAAAUGUACAAUGGUAUGAAUCUCUAAUUGAAACUAUAAUAAAUGAAAAAUUUAAUUUGUAAUUGAAAAAUGCAAUAAUUUUGAUAUAUUUCUAAUAAAAAUAAAUAUAUGAACUUAU